GUUGGACUGAUUUAUGUGCUUUUUUGUACUAGGAUGUUUGUAGUGUUCCCUCAGACCAAGACCUACUUCUCUCAUUGGAAGGAUCUUAGCCCAAAGUCUGCUCAGGUGGCAAAGCAUGGAAAGACUGUGAUGGGAGGAGUGGCUGAAGCCGUGAGCAAAAUCGAUGACCUGGCAAAUGGUCUCCUGAGCCUGAGUGAGCUGCAUGCCUUCACCCUGCGUGUGGACCCCAGCAACUUCAAGAUCCUAGCCACCUGCAUGAUGGUUACCUUUGCUAUCAACUUCCCUGAUGACUUCAGCCCUGAGACUCAUGUGAGUGUGGACAAGUUCCUCCAGUGUGUUGCCCGUGGCCUGUCUGAGAAGUACCGGUAAAC